AUGAGCCAACAGCGCACCCAUAGAAGUUCAGGUAGAACUAGACUCGGUUACGACAGCCAGUCGAAUGCCGAGCUUGGCCUAGGAGUCACUGAACAAAUUGCCGAAACUGUCGACUAUCGAAAAUAUAUUCGAUCAGCGAGCCGCGGCGAGCUCCAAUCGCCCGUACCGAAAAUUGCGGAGAUCCGUCGAACACCGGAACCAAUUUUGGUGGCCCGGUAUUGGAUUUCUCGAUAA